GUUUGCUGUAAGUGUUGGCUACUGGAAGGACCCUUACAUCCAGUAUUUUGUGAGACAAGCCAAAGAAAGAAAAGCACCUGAAAUCAAUAGAGGCUACUACGCUCGUGUUCAUGGAGUCAGUUACCUGAUUAAAGCUUUUCUGAAGAAGACAGAGUGCAACUGUCAGAUUGUCAAUCUUGGUGCUGGCAUGGACACUCUGUUCUGGAGACUGAAGGAUGAAAAUCUUCUCCCUAGAAAAUAUUUUGAAGUGGAUUUUCCAAUGAUCGUUGCCAGAAAAAUACAUAAUAUCAAAUCAAAACCUCCCCUGUCAAAACCAAUUAUGGAAUCCCAUUCAGGGGACUCUCUUCUAAUAGAUUCUCACAGCCUAGACUCCAGUCGAUAUUCCAUCGUAGGAGCAGAUCUCCGUUUCUCAUCAGAUCUGGAGGAGAAGCUAAAGAAACAUAACCUGGAUAUACAUUUGCCAACGCUGCUGGUAGCGGAGUGUGUGCUGGUUUACAUGACACCGCAGCAAUCGGCAAACCUGCUGAAGUGGGCAGCAAGCACUUUUCCCGUGGUGAUGUUUAUAAAUUAUGAGCAGGUGAAUAUGACAGACAGGUUUGGGCAGAUCAUGAUUGAGAACCUGCAGCGACGACAGUGUAACCUGGCUGGAGUGGAAGUCUGCAGAUCCUUAGACUCUCAGAGGGAACGAUUGCUGUUAAACGGCUGGGAAACUGCACGUGCCAUUGACAUGAUGAAAGUGUACAGCUUUUUGCCACAGGCUGAUGUCAAAAGAAUAGAAGGACUUGAAUUCCUGGAUGAAAAGGAACUGUUUGAACAACUAAUGCAGCACUACUGCAUCUGCUGGGCUUCGAAGGACAGCAGUAAUCUGGGUCUGGCAAACAUCACGUUCUGA